UAUUCUCUUCCCUUUAAUUAACUAAUUAAUUAAUAAUGUGUUCCAUCCUAGCUAGCCCUCCCAUUUCUUCCUCUCCAUUUCAAGAAACCAAAGCGAGCAGCAAGAAGCUGAGCCAGUGGAAGCUUGCUCUGAGUGAGCUCAGUGAGAGUGAGAGCUUGAGCUACCAAUGGAGACGCUAAUGGCGGCCGAGCUGCCGCAGCAGAAGGCCGGCGGCGGCCUGGCGCGGCGGCUGGUGAGGCUGCUCCGCCGGAAGCGCUCCACGUCGGGCUCUGUCGCCGGCGGCGGCGAGUACGACGAGUCGUCCAUGGACAGCUCCAUCAACUCGCUGAGCAAGCUCAAGCUGUCCGCGGCGAAGCUCGACGUGCUGUUCAGGAGCGCGGCGCAGCCGGCCGCGUCCCCGGCGGUGGACGCCGCCGCGGCGCACGCGCUCGUGGCGAGCCUCUUCGCCGGCGUGUCGGCGGUGAAGGCGGCGUACGCGCAGCUGCAGCAGGCGCAGCACCCGUACGACUCCGAGGCGAUCCAGUCGGCGGACGCCGCGAUGGUCGCCGAGCUCACCAAACUCUCCGACCACAAGCGGAGGUUCGCCAGGGACCCCGCCGCCGCGGCCAAGAGCGCGGCGGCCGGGCCCGCGGCGCUCGCCGCGCACGCCGACGAGCAGCGCCACCUCCUCCGGACCUACGAGAUCACGGCGGGGAAGCUCGGGCGGGAGCUGCGCGCGCGGGACGCCGAGGCGGAGCGCGCCCGCGCCGCGCUCGCCGACGAUCUCCGCGCCGCGCGCGCGCUGGAGGAGCGCGCCCACCCGGGACGCACCCUCGCCGCGCUCGACGGCCUCCACCUCUCCGGCCUCAACGCCACCCACUUCCUCACCGCGCUGCGCCACGCCGCCAGGUCGGUCCGCUCCUUCGCCAAGUCGAUGCUCGGCGAGAUGCGGCGGGCGGGGUGGGAUCCCGUCGCCGCCGCGGCCGCCGCGCACCCGGGCGUCCCGCUGCGCCACCCGGGCGACGCCAAGUUCGCGCUCGAGUCGUUCGUCGCGCUCAAGAUGUUCGACGGCUUCCACCGGAGGGACUUCGGCCUGAGCGCCCUCCACGACCGGAGCUCCUACGACCGGCGGCGGCUCUUCGACGAGUUCGCGGAGCUCAAGGCGGCGCCGGCGGCGGAGUUCCUCGACGCGCGGAGCUCGCGGUGGGGCGCGCUCGGCGAGUUCCUGCGGGACAGGUACCUGUCCGUGGUGCACGAGCGGAUGGAGGCGGCCUUCUUCGGGAGCACGGCGCAGCGCGGCGCCGCGGCGAGCGCCGGGGCGGCGCUCCCGGGCACGCCGUGGUUCGCCGAGUUCGCCGAGAUGGCGCGCCGCGUCUGGCUGCUGCACUGCCUCUUCCUCGCGUUCGACGACGGCGGCGCGAGCACCAUCUUCCAGGUGGCCGCCGGGGCGCGGUUCUCGGAGGUGUACAUGGAGAGCGUCGGCGACGGCGACGGCGACGGCGACGAUGGCGGCGCCGGUACAGCGGUGGCGGCGGCGGCGGCCGGUGACCGCGUCGUGGGGUUCACCGUGGUGCCGGGGUUCAAAGUUGGGCGGACGGUGAUGCAAUGCCGCGUAUACCUCUCACGGCCGGCGCGACAGCCAUGACGGCGGUGGAGCUCGCCGGCGGCGGCCGGAGGCGGUGGCUGGCUGGGGACGUAGUCCAUGCCGGUAUAUCUGUCACGUAUAUGUACGAUGUAUCUAUCUAUGUAUUUAGUGUCCAGCAAGCAAUUAUGUACUGAUGUAGUAGUAAGCAAUACUUAUCAGAAUAAUAAUAAUAAUUAUAAUAAUAAUAUAAAUUCUCAAUUUUGGCCA